UGGAGGACCUGAAGUGGGCAUAUCAGACAUAAAGCCAGACCUGGCUAUAGAUGUAUGAACGAACUGGGAGGGAAGAUUGUCUAAAGGAAAAAGAAAGGAGUUCACCGUAGUGGCAUUGUAACUGAAGGAUUCGACAUUGAGAACAUGAUUAAUGCCAGAACACCUAAAGAAGGUGGAGAACUGCAGGAGCCUAAAGUUGAACAGCUGAUGGGAAAGCUCAGGAGGCUGCAACAAGAUAAAAAAAAUCUUGCAGAAGAAAUCAAAGAGAUCAAAUCAGUCCAUGGCUCGUUGGAAGAGGAACUAUCAGCCUUACAAGCUGAAACUUGUCAACUUGAGGGAAUUUAUAAAGAAAAGGAAGAGUUGUGCAGAAAGCUGCAGCUCCAGUGCGAAGAAUCUGAGCAGGACUCUGCCAGACAGUUGAAGCAGAACAAGACGAGUGAGGAACUUCUGGAAAAGUACAAAUGUGAAAUCCAGGAGCUCAAGCUUAAACACAGGAAGCAGCGGAUACGAUUUGAGAACCAACUUCAGCAAGUGAUAGAGCAGCACAAGAAACUGCACUCUGUCUUUGCUCCAGAGAGACUCCCAGAUGAACUGGAGCAUGCUGAAAAUACAAAAAGUCAGCUGCUAGCAGCUGAACAAGUUAAGUUGGCUCAGCUGCACAAACUUGAUGAGGAACUUGAAAAUGCGAAGAAGCCGCCGCAGCUGGAUAUCACAACGACACAGACUCCAGAGGACUAAACCUGCAUGCUCACCGAUCCUUCUGGCUGGUUAGAACAAUUAUCUGCUGAAUAUUUUGUGCCUGACAGCUGCAGAAGCCUCAGUCACAACUAGUCUGUUCAUAUGACAUAAACUGAGAGGCUUGCCUUUAGCCCAGUAUCGUUGGGAUUGUUUUUGUUCCUGAGUAUUUGAAGUUGUCUUUUAUUUUCAGUGUGAAAUCAGUUUGUAUUUAUAGUCUAGCUUGUUGCUGGAAUUUCUGAGGCUGAUUUAAGCAUGAAACCAGAAAUAUUUUUAUUUGAACUGGUGACUGGUGUUUUCCAGAGAGUGACGACAGUAGUAGUUUCCAUUGUGUUCAUUUUAUUAAUACAAUACUCUUUAUUGAUGUUAAGUGUUCAUAUAUAUGGUAAAAGUAAAAAGCAUUUUAAUUGCUUGUUGACUGUCAUUUAAACAGUACAAUUAACUGAAAUACACCUGCUUAUAUAUAUGCACAAAGCCAUACUCAAAUUUAUUUGUAAAAAUAUUUAAUAAUAAAAUUCUCUUGAUGUAAA